UUGAGUUUAAUAUAUGUGUUUUUAAUGAAGUGUGUCGUUUAUAACUGUGGAAAAGCUUUUUAAAAACUUACAAUUUUAACAACUUGAUUUUCUUUAAAACCUGUAAACUAUUUUGAAAACUAUAAAAUUAUUAGUUGAAAAUUUUUCAAGAGCUAAAAAUUAUUUCAAAAACUGAAAAUUUGUUAGCUGAAAAUUUUUGAAGAGCUAAAUUUUUUGAAAAACGGAAAAUACAAAGAAUUUUUUAAAUAAAUUAAAUUUUUCAACUGAAAGUUUUCCCUCCCCGUUUACUUGAAACUUUGGACUUCUAAGAUUAUAAAAAACAUAAGUAAAAAGCGAAAAGGUAGUCUUUGAGAAAAGGGAGCAUUUAUGCGACUUCCCAUUAAGUCAAAGAAGGGAGUAACUCGACACCACACGUGAUAUUACGACUUCAGGUCCCCUGGGAAAGCAAGCCGGAGCCGGUCCAAGCCGGAGCCGGAGCCGGAGCCGAGCCGUUUCCACCGGAAAUGAGGAGAUGGCCACAUACGAGCAACAGCAGUGACAGAUUCCCACAUAUGUAAAGAGGAUAAUAUACAUUAAAUCACAAAAAGCAAGUUAGACGACUGAUAAACAUUGGAAAAAUCAGUGGAAGAGUGAAAACAAGAUAUGUCUAAGAGAAUGAAAUCAGCCGUGAAGAGAAACGAAGCGGGAGAGUGAGAGACUUGGUCAGACAUUCGAGUUUAGACCGAUAAUACGAAAUUGAAGAAAAUGUUCGAAUUACAUCGCAUUUUCCUCUUCUGUGGAGCAUUUGCACUACUUGCUCCUCCCGAGGUGGCUGGAGUGAGGAUGACCUCUCCAAGCGGUAGCAAAUACGUCCUAGAGGGAAGCAACGUGACCCUGACCUGCGAAUUUGACCUCGAGGGAGACGAACUGUAUUCUCUCCUCUGGUGGCGAGAUGGGUCUGUGUUGAUGAGAUAUACUGCACACCAAGCGAGUUACAUCAGCCUGGUCAAGCCGGCGAAUUCCAGCGGCUCCGGUAAGGAGGAGAGAUCAGCCGAAGACAUCGUCGUUUUUGAUCCAAUUAGCAACAUAACGACUAGACCACUCGCCUGGUUCCCAGUCGAUGGCGUCCACGCUACCCUGUGCUCUAAAGGGUGGGGUGAGGAACUCUGUCUCCUGGAGGUCGACCCUUCUGCAGGAGGGAUCUACACUUGCGAAGUGACGACGGAGGCGCCGCCCACCUUCCUCACUGCUAAUGCCUCCGUCUCUCUCCACGUCGUGGUGCCUCCUCUGGAAGCCCCAAUCAUGAGUAGUACUCCAGGGAUCGUCUCUGACGGCGAAUGGGUCUCAGUGCAGUGUGAUUCGCCACCAGCGCUUCCAGCGCCUAAUAUUUCUUUCUUUAUCAACCAGAAACCGGUCGUUGACGACCUCAUGUCCGGCGUUCAGGUAUCCGGCUCUGGAGACGAGAGACUGGUGGUGUCUCGUUCCGUCGGGUUCAUUGCUUCUGAGGCCCUUUUCAUCCACGGUCACCUCGUCCUCGAAUGCCGAGUUUCUAUAGAGGAUUUGACUUGGAGGACAUCCUCCAACAUACUACUUGAGGGCUACAACGGACAGAGCUCAAGUACGAUAGCUGACUUGAAACUGAAGUGCCUCUUAGUUGCGUGUUUCUUAUUCCUUAUGGCGACGUUGUGUCGAUAAAUCGUCGAUAUCUUUAUGACUAAUUACUAUUAAUUAGAGUAAUUUUGGUGCUUUCUGAAUGGUGUAAGAAAAACUGUUGCUGCUUGUUGCAUUGUUUGUCGUCCAUCGAAUUCUAUGCAGUAUCUCGAUGGCUCGAGGCACCGCUAAUAAUAUACUAGACAGUGAAACUGAACUAAAGAAAAAAAAAAAAAAAAAAGCGCAGUGACUGAAGGGCGAUUUUUUUUUUUCUCGAAGUGGCUUAUGGAAAAAACUCUGUUCACUUCUUUUGUUUUCAGUCUAGCGAUUUCAUCUUGGAACUAACAAUAAUGAGAAGUAAUUUAAUUCAUUCAUUUAUUUUAUGUGAUGAUGGUAAGGAAUAAUUCUGACAAGAAUGAAUGAAAAAUCUGACAUGGACGUUGGCAACUCUGGGAAAAAAAUAAGUCCAGUGAUAUAGUAUGUCAGUGAAUAACCUGAAAAUGACAUAAAUAUAAAAGGGACUGAAGUGAUAAAUUAAUAAAAAUACUCGUGCUUAUAUUGAGUAAUAUGCCUAAUAUUGAAAACAAUUUAAUAAAAGGGACAGAACCCUGUUUCAUAUUGUAAACACAAAUGAAGUAAAUCACGCUUAUAUACUCUAUUGAACACAAUCACCGUUAGGAAACGAUCUAGAUGCGUAUAACCCCUGCCUGCCCUCUUUCCUAGCUACUUAAAAAAAAAAAAAAAAAUGGAGCCGACCAGUUAUCUCCUGACCUCAAUAACCAUUCUAUCGUUUCCACCGAGCAGAAAGAAAAAGAGAAACCCUUCUUGGUAUUGAAAACACGCCAAACGAGAAGAGGAGUCUUUUGAUGCAUCGCCACCUCGUAAUGAAGACCCACAAGAAAAAGAAAAAGGAGAGGAAGAGAGUUGGGUGAAGGGGUGGGGGAACGGGAGGUGAUUUGCCGCCAUAUCGCAUCCCCUCCCACCAUUGUGAGAAGCGCGAUCACACGGGUUUAUGGGUCGUACAGGGAUGGGAAAAGUAUUGGACAAUCGAUCUACAGGCGGACUACGGUCCUCUUCGAUAAGGGCAAAGGGUGAGUGUAGUACUAGCACUAGCGUCUCUCUCUCUCUCCUCUCUCUCUCUCAGAUUGAACGUAUUUAAAAGCAUGAGCGGAGAACGUUUUUGAAACCGUUUAAAUAAAUAAAAUAAAGCAUUCAAUAAUUGCAUUUAAAGGCUCAAGAUAAAAUCGAAUGAAUGUAUUUAAAGAAAUGAAUGAAACAAAAUAUCAGGAAGGGAAUAUACCGUUGAACACAGAGAGAGGGAGAGAGAGAGAGACGGAACACUUCUUUCAUUCCGUGUUCUCCGCAGAAUAUCAAAUGUCAAC